UUUCACUCCGGAGCCUCUCCUCGACGGACCGCGCUGUGUACAUGCCCGUCAAGUUGUCCUCUGUGCUCGUUGUUGCUGUUUUACGUGGUUAGCGGGCUGAUUUGUCGGGAGGUUUUUACGAUAUCUAACUUAAAUAAUAUAAUCGUUGAUCGGCGGUUUAACGAUGACAUCCAGGGGGACGCCGAGUCGCUUCCUUCAAAGCGUUCUUCAGAACGGUGUCGGCCGGUACGUCUGCCAGCUUAAGCGGAUCUCCCUCAUUUUCUCCAAAAAGGCACAGAGCUCGUUGGGAGUCAGGGAGUUUAUUGAAGAGGGGGUGGUGGAUUAUGCCAAGAAGAACCCUUCAACUGUUGUGUAUGUGUCUCCUCAGUCAGGCAGGAUACCCAAAAUAGUUGCAGAAUACUUAAACGGAAGCGUGAGGGAAGAAGUCGUCACAAACAAAACGUCUUUGCAGAUUUCAGAGCUCAUGACCAAGCUGACCAAUCAGUCUGGCCUGGACGUCAUCCGCAUCCGCAAGCCCUUCCACACAGACAGCCCCAGUAUCCAGGGCCAGUGGCACCCGUUCACCAACCGGCCCCCGUCUAUCGGCCCCAUCAGACCGCAGAAACAGGAAGCUAAAUAAGGACUAACCAAAGUUGAAAAGUUAGGCUCAAUGAGUGCUCCAUUUCUGACUACUCUUGCAAGAUGUGUUCUUCUUUUUGAAUCUGCUCAAGUGUCUACAAUCCAAAUUCAGUCACAACUAAAGCAGCUCUCAUGUUUACAGCAGUCGCAAUGCAUUUGUUGGAUAAUUCUGCAGAAGACCCCACUAUCCACUGAAUAUGUGUUGCUGUGCCCUUUUGUCUCGUUGUGGCAGCAAAGUCACUUCAGCUGUGCAGCAGCAAAGUGCACACAGCGCCAACUCUGAAUGCCACAUUUGAAUAGACUCUACGUGAAUCCACCAGGGGCUUGUCAGCUGACAUUAAAAAGCAGAUGCAUGUUUUUCAUCUCAAGGUAAACUGAUGAUUUGUGUAAAAACUAAAACACUUCGGAGUAGAUGAAACUUUGUACAGAAUAAAAGAAAAGAUUGUGCAAAUGCA